AUGAACAGUCUCUCAUCUUCCUCGUCCGAGGACACUAUCCUAGCCGACCUCCUCGCCUACUGCGACGCGCACAAAAUCGAGAUCUCACCCAAUGUCUCUAUUCGACGCGUCCCCGGCAAAGGUCUGGGCGUGUACACCACACAAUCUCUCAACCCAGGCGACCGGCUCAUGCACGUCCCCACAGCCGCGCUGCUCACCACAACUGCCGUCCCCCAUAGCUUCGCCAGUAAAGAAAUCAGGAAGGACAUCCCUGUUCACGCCUUGCUUGCCGCGUACCUGACCUUUGGCCUUUCGGAGGCCAAGAAGGACGGAUACGCCAGAUGGAUGGCGACGUGGCCGCGCUUGACCGAUUUCACGUGGACGGUUCCUAUAUUCUGGCCUGAACGACUACGGACGCCACUAAAAGUGCAGCACCACGAGUUUUGUGUGAUUCCACCGUCUCUGACGGGAUCAUGGACAUCGAGCGACUUGCAAAAGAACACGACAAAGCAUAAAGUGCUUGACGAGCAGCUCGCAAAAUUCGAAACGCACGUGCACGCCGUCGGACGGGUAUUCCCAGACCAUGCAGGCGCACUUCUCUCACCAUCCGACCCUCCGCACUGGUCGUUCAUACACAACUGGAAUGCAGUCAACAGCAGAUGCUUCUACUACGUGCGUGCAGGCCAACGGCCGCCCAAGGACAGCAACGAGGCCAUGGCGCUGUGUCCGGGCAUGGACCUUUUCAAUCACACGGACGACGCAGGCUGUAAAACUACCUACGACAAGCGAGGAUACUAUGUAACUGCCGAGCAAGCGUACGAAGCCGGACAGGAAGUGUUGCUGAAUUACGGUGCACACGGGAAUGAUAUGCUCUGGACGGAGUACGGGUUCACCAUGGACCGCAACAAAUUUGACGGACUCAGGCUGGAUGAGAUUGUACUGUCGACCUUGACUGACGCACAGCGGAAAGUGCUCGAAGAGGCAGAGUAUCUCGGCGAGUAUUGGCUCCGACCGGACGGUGACGAGGCCGGCGUCUGCUGGCGCACCGAGGUGGUCAGUUACUUGGGCGUGUUGACUCAGAAUCAAUGGUAUAGGUUUAUUGAGGGGAAGCUGGAGCCUGGGAAAUUUCCGGGGAGCUUGCAGGAUGGUAAGCGGAAGAGAGAUGAUGCUACGGCUACCGUACAGGAGAGUCCACUUAUAAGGGCGAAGCGGAAACAGGUCGUUUGGAUUGAGAAGAUUGAGAAAGAGGCCCAAAAAAGUCUGGAAGGUCUGUUGUCGUUGGCAUCGCCGGACCAGAUGGUACGAUACUUUGUGGAUGAGGACUCCGCGCUCGAGGCACAAGGUGCGAAGCGGCAAGAUUUGCAGCGGACGAAGAGUGGACAGGCUCGGCUGAGACACAGAAUGUGCGUGCAAAGAUGGAGGCAGAUAUCGAGACUGGCCAAGAAUGCUUUGGAGAAGCUGAAGAGAGAUCUCCCAGCUGAUGCUAAUCCAAGAACAGCGGCAAAGAGCGCCGGUCUUGAGCAACGUGUCGAUGAGUUCAUGGACCGAGGGUGA